AUGAAGCCGCCCGGCAGCAGCUCCCUGCGGCCGCCCGGCUGCUGCGGCCGCCGCCGCCUCCCCGCCGCCGCCGGCUGCCCCGCGCUCCUCGGCCGCCUCCUCCCGCUGUCGGCGCCGUUGCUGCUGCUCCUGCUCCUCCUCCAUGGCUCCUGCCCCGGGGCUGGCUCGGCUGCGGCGGCCGCCGACCUGCAUUGGAAUGAAACGGCAAGCAGUAUGGAGGGGGGACUGGCAGAUGAAGAGCCUGCAUUUCAACAGAAUAAAAACAGUAAUAAUGAAAACAACAGCCACAGCAACGCAAUACAGAAAGAAAUCACGCUGCCUUCAAGACUGAUCUAUUAUAUCAACAGAGACUCUGAAACCCCUUACCAUAUCCUGGAUACUAGAGCAAGGCACCAGCAGAAACACAACAAGGCUGUCCAUCUGGCCCAGGCAAGUUUCCAAAUUGAGGCCUUUGGCUCCAAAUUCAUCCUUGACCUCGUAUUGAAUAAUGAUUUGUUAUCAUCCAAUUAUGUGGAGAUUCACUAUGAAGAUGGAAAGCAGAAAUUUUCUAAGGGUGGAGAGCAUUGUUACUAUCAUGGAAUUAUCAGGGGUAUCGAGGACUCUAAAGCUGCUCUUUCAACUUGUAAUGGGCUUCAUGGUAUGUUUGAAGACAGUACUUACUUGUACUUGAUAGAACCAAUGAAUUUGACCCACAAUGCAGAAAGUAAAAGUAGACCACACAUCAUUCAGAGAACUUAUGGAACACAAGCCCUGAAGCAGUUGCAAGAUCUUGAAACUGAGUCUAGUUCUGAAUGGCCCUUCCUAUCUGAAUUACAGUGGCUGAGAAGAAAGAGAAGAAAGAGAGCAGCAACUCGUGGUGUCUUUGAAGAGAUGAAAUAUCUGGAGCUCAUGAUAGUCAAUGAUCAUAAAAUGUUCAAAAAGCAUCGUUCUUCAAAUGCGUACACGAACAAUUUUGCCAAGUCUGUAGUAAACCUUGUGGAUGCUAUUUACAAGGAACAGCUGAACACCAGGGUGGUUCUCGUGGCUGUGGAGACCUGGACAGAGAGAGAUCGCAUUAAUAUUCACCCUGACCCUCUGCAGAUGCUCCAUGAUUUCUCCAAAUAUCGACAGCACUACAUCAAACAGCAUGCUGAUGCUGUCCACCUGCUCUCGAAUGUGACAUUUCAUUACAAAAGGAGCAGCUUAAGUUACUUUGGAGGGGUGUGUUCUGUGACCAGAGGAGUAGGAGUGAAUGAGUAUGGCCUCCCUUUGGCCAUGGCACAGGAAUUGGCACAAAGUCUCGCCCAGAACCUUGGGAUACAGUGGGAGCCAGCAGCCAGGAAACCGAAGUGUGACUGCACUGAAUCCUGGGGUGGCUGCAUCAUGGAGGAAACAGGGGUUUACCAUUCCAGGAAAUUCUCCAAGUGCAGCAUUGCAGAAUACAAAGAAUUUUUGCUUCGUGGGGGAGGUGCCUGUCUUUUCAACAGGCCAACAAAGCUGUUUGAAACUACUGAGUGUGGAAAUGGGUAUGUGGAAGCAGGAGAAGAAUGUGACUGUGGUUUCCGAAUGGAGUGCUACGCAGACUGUUGCAAGAAGUGUUCCCUUUCUAACGGAGCUCACUGCAGUGAUGGACCCUGCUGUAAUACAUCGUGUCUCUUUUUCCCACGAGGCUAUGAUUGCCGAGACGCAGUGAAUGAAUGUGAUAUUGCUGAGUUAUGCCCCGGGGAUUCUGGCCAGUGUCCACCAAAUCUUCAUAAACAAGAUGGAUAUGCCUGUGAUUCUAAUCAGGGCCGUUGCUAUAAUGGAGAAUGCAAGACGAGAGAUAAUCAGUGCAAAUAUAUCUGGGGAUCUAAGUCUUCAGGAUCUGACAAAUUUUGUUAUGAGAAGCUUAAUACAGAAGGCACAAAAAAAGGAAACUGUGGGAAGGAUGGAGAUCGAUGGAUUCAGUGUAGUAAACAUGAUGUUUUCUGUGGCUUUUUGCUCUGUACUAAUCUUACUAAAGUUCCACGAGUUGGUCAAGUUCAAGGAGAAAUUAUCCCAAAUUCUUUUUAUCACCAAGGCCGCAUAGUGGACUGCAGUGGUGCUCAUGUCCUUUUAGAUGAUGAUACUGAUUUAGGUUAUGUGGAAGAUGGAGCUCCCUGUGGUCCUCACAUGAUGUGUCUGGACAAAAAGUGCCUGCCCAUCCAGUCCUUGAACAUAAGCAGCUGUCCCAUCGGCUCCAAUGGAAAAGUCUGUUCUGGACACGGGGUGUGUAGUAAUGAAGCCACUUGCAUUUGUAAUUUCUCCUGGGCUGGGACAGACUGCAGCAUUGAUGAUCCUGUCAGGGAUACUGGUAACAAGAAGGAUGAAGGACCCAAGGGUCCUAGUGCCACCAAUCUUAUAAUAGGCUCCAUCGCUGGUGCCAUCCUGGUAGCAGCUAUUGUCCUUGGGGGGACAGGAUGGGGCUUUAAAAACGUCAAAAAACGAAGGUUCGAUCCAACGCAACAAGGCCCUAUUUGAAGAAACUUGAUUCACAAAGCUUCUCCUUGCACUACCGGAUUUUGGGAGGAGAAACAGACCAAGUGCAAUAAGAGAACUGUUUCAAACUACAGAAAUAGCAGAAGAUUUUUUUUUUUUUUUUUCCAACCUGCUGGUACUCUACCUUCACCCAAGUUCGCAUGACUUCCUUUUUCUUAUCGAAACUCCAGUGGCAUGAGGAGCUCCUUUUCGAAAGGGUAACCUGCAUGGCUCACAUCCAACAGCGCAGCUAGCGAGCUGACCCCCGGCAGAACUGCAGCCUGAUGAUAAGUACAAACCCCCGGGGAUGCCGGGAGCGGGUCCUGACGGGCUCCCUGGGGCUCUGCCCUGAGAGCUCCCUGUUCCCGGGG